AUGACAGCCAAUCCUGAUCGUAUUUCACAUCCUUUUGAAGUGAUUCAUUCAAGACUACCAGGAAAUUAUAGUCCAUCAAACACGAAUCCUAAAGGAACGCACACCAUUACUAGUCCAUCGCCUCAUUCCCUUCCCACUCCAGCUCCUUCAACUUUCAUCACUUCAGGCGAAUUUUUGAAUUCUGAUCUUCACAGCUUUACUCAUUCAGUCAAUGCAUCCACUAACACUCUCUCCAGCUUUCGAGCUACGAUCACAUCUUUAUCAAAACCUUUGGCUACCCCUACAACUGGAAACCAAAACUCAUCUGGUCCACCUCCUAACAUCAUGGGAGCUCAAUACUACCAACCUGGUUCUGCAGGGAUCGUUAUUGCUUGUGUGAUGGGUGUACUUGGCAUAUUUUUUACCAUUCUCACAGUCAUUCAUUGCCUUCAAGUUCGUGCUGGUAAACGUGAAGCCAAAAGAAUCAAAGAUUAUAAUUCCGAAUUUGAUUUUAGUGAGAAAUUCAGUGAUAAUGAAUCAGAUAGAAUGUUUUUAACUUUAACCACUAGAUCUCAAAGUACUAUUUCACUUAAGAAUCAAUCACAUUCAAGAUUUCAUAUUGAAUCUAACCCUAUUCAAACUUGA